AUGUCUCGUCCACAAGUUACUGUUCAUUCUUUGACCGGUGAAGCUACUUCUGCUGCUUUACCAUUACCAGCUGUUUUCUCAGCCCCAAUCCGUCCAGAUAUUGUUCACUCUGUUUUCAAGUCUGUUAACAAAAACAAGAGACAAGCUUACGCUGUCUCAGAAAAGGCUGGUCACCAAACUUCUGCUGAAUCCUGGGGUACUGGUCGUGCUGUCGCCCGUAUUCCAAGAGUUGGUGGUGGUGGUACCGCUAGAUCCGGUCAAGCUGCUUUCGGUAAUAUGUGUCGUGGUGGUCGUAUGUUCGCUCCAACCAAGACCUGGAGAAAGUGGAAUGUCAAGGUUAACCACAACGAAAAACGUUAUGCCACUGCCUCUGCCAUCGCUGCUUCCGCUAUUGCUUCUUUAGUCUUAGCUAGAGGUCACAGAGUCGAAAAGAUUCCAGAAAUUCCAUUAGUUGUUUCCAAGGACUUAGAAUCCACUCAAAAGACCAAGGAAGCCGUCGCUGCCUUAAAGGCUGUCGGUGCUGGUUCUGACUUAUUAAAGGUCUUAAAGUCCAAGAAAUUAAGAGCUGGUAAGGGUAAGUACAGAAACAGAAGAUGGACUCAAAGAAGAGGUCCAUUAGUCGUCUACGCUGAAGACAACGGUAUUGUCAAGGCCUUAAGAAACGUUCCAGGUGUCGAAACCGCUAACGUUACCUCUUUAGGUUUAUUACAAUUAGCUCCAGGUGCUCACUUAGGUAGAUUCAUUAUCUGGACUGAAGCUGCUUUCGCUAAGUUAGACCAAGUCUGGGGUUCUGAAACCGUUGCCUCUUCCAAGGCCGGUUACUCUUUACCAUCUAACAUCAUCUCCACUUCUGAUGUUACCAGAAUCAUCAACUCUUCUGAAAUCCAAGCCGUCGUCAGACCAGCUGGCCAAGCUACUCAAAAGAGAACUUUCGUCCAAAAGAAGAACCCAUUAAAGAACAAGCAAGUCUUAUUAAGAUUAAACCCUUACGCAAAGGUCUUUGCUGCUGAAAAAUUAGGUUCCAAGAAGGCUGAAAAGGCUUCCGCUAAGCCAUCCGCUGUCUUCACUGAAACUUUGAAGCACGAUUAA